AUGUUUAAGGCCAAAAAAGCGAAAGCCAAAAAGAAAGCAAAAGCGAUUAAAACCCCCACUGCCGAUAUUGAUGACUUUAUUCCAACAGAGCAACAAGAGAUGCUUUAUCAACAACAAUCUAACAUCGGUUAUGACGAAAACAUAGAAGACUACCAACAAUCACAAAUGAGUUUUGAUGAUCCCAACUUCAAUUACGCUCAAGAUGAAGAUGACUAUUUGCAGGAACAAGAACAACAGAAUUUCGUCGAAUCCAAUAUUAUGCAAAUGGAGAAUAUUCGUAAAUUAAGUAUUGAUGAUGGUUCCGAUUUCGGCGAUGAUGCCACCGAAUGGAGCGAUGAUGACAGCACAGAAUUCAAUCUCAUUGAAACUCUUAAAGUGUUGGAAGAUUUAAAUGGCAAAAAUGCACUUCAGUUAACUCAAAUACAAAAUAAAAGGGAUGAUAUUGCCUUUGAAAUCAGCCACAAAAGAAACAUGAUACUAGAUGGAUAUGAAAAGUUAACUGAUAUAGCCCUUGCAUCUAUCUUAGAACACUCAAAUAGUGCCCUUCAUGUUCACAAACUUAGUGCCAUAGGAUGUGUACAUUUGACUGAUGCAUGUGCACUUUUAAUUGCAAAGUAUUGUCGAAAUCUUAAAAUUAUAAACUUAGAUGGCUGCAAAAACCUGACAUCUAAAGCUUUGGAUGUACUUAUAUCUCAAUGUGAAAAAUUAAACGAUGUAUCAAUGAAAAAUUGCAAUUUAAAACGCUUACCACAUCAAUUAGUUCAAAAACUAAGAGCAUGGGAAGUUAAAGCAAAGCGGCAAAUCCAAAAAAAAUCAAGAUACCCGAGCAAAAAAAGUCAUGUCAGAUCUUUAUCGCCAUUAACUGAACAGACAGACGACUCUGACCAGCCAAAAUUAAAUUUAAAUGGUAACCCAAUGGCAGAAUGUCAUGAAGACGUUUUCAAAGCUGACGAUGCUUUAUCCAUAAUAAGAUAUUUAACUAGAGUUGAGAAGUCCUUGACUUAUCACUACAGGAUUAAUGUUUUUGGAUCCGAAGAUUCCCAUAAAAAUUUUGUCAUUAGUAAACUGUUGAAUCUUAAAAAUGUACCCAAUGCUAAUGAAUUUACCGUUCACGAUUGGCAACUAAAAGAUAAUAAACAGCGAAAGAUUGUAACAACUGUAGUCAAUUUCGGACUUGAGCAACACAACCAUAUUUUUGUCACCGAAGGUGCGAUCAAUGUCAUCGUAAUCAAUGUUGACAAGCCUUCGUUUCUGAAAUGGAUUCAAUUAGUGGAAACUAAGUAUCCAAGCAGCUGCUUUAUUAUUGUCCUCACAUAUGCAAGAUCAUCUAGAACUGCGGAAGAAAGGAUGAAUAUAAUUAAAGAUAAAUUACAAGAUCAAAAAGAUUUAUUUAUACAAAGACUAGAAGCACUAGUCAAUAAUUCUAUGUCUGAGUAA